AUGGCUGCAAGAUCUUUUAUGAUGCGAGCUAGCAAGACCACAGUUCAAGACAGAGCUGCUGGUGCCAUCAUGGGUGCCAUGGUUGGAGAUGCUCUUAGCCUCGGAUGUCAUUGGUAUUAUGAUCUGGACCAACUCAAGAGAGAGUAUGGAGAAUGGAUCAAUGAUUACACUACAGCCAAACCUGGUCACUAUCAUUAUGGCUGCAAGGCUGGAGACGUCUCGCAAUCAGGCCAGCUGUUUCAGUACCUCCUAGAGACGCUGAACGAGAAAGGAGAAUACUCAGACGAGGAUUACUGCCAGAGAGUCGAUGGUCUCCUGGCAACUCUGGAUGGAACGAGAGAAGGAGGGAGGUAUACUCAGAAAGACAUGCGCGAUGUUUGGAGAAACAGAGUGGUAAUGAAGAAACCUUGGGAGAAAAGUGCAAGUUUGUUUGGAGAUACGACUGACUCGUUUGUACGUGCUGUCGCUCUAGCUGCUCGAUAUCACAGUGAUUUCCCAACACUCAUUAAGAAAAUUGUCUCUAAUACUCGAUUGCAGUAUCAAGAUCAACAGAUCCAAAUCCACAGCAUUGCAUAUGGCCUCACUGUUGCAUGCCUCAUCUUGGGUGUUGACUACAAGCGUGUAACUGGCCAUUUGAUGAACUACAAGGGCAUCAUUUCGUCCACCAUUGGGAGUGAGCUCGGGAGAGAUAGUGAUCAAGAUGUUCCUGAGCCAGACUCUCUUAUUUGGACAGCAUACGCAGCACAGGCUGUUGUCAAUCCUGAUCUACAAAUCAAGUCUGCUCGAAAUGCUCCUCAAAUGUACGGCCUAGCCUGUGCCUAUUAUAUGGUUCUCCCUGGGGCCUACUACCUUGCUGCUCGUUUCCCUGAUAACUUUGAGACAGCUGUACUGACUGCAGUGAACAGUGGGGGACAGAACCUGGCCAGAGCAUCUCUGACUGGAGGGAUGGUGGGAGCCAUUACUGGUCUGUCUUCAUUCCCAGAGCGCUUCAUCAAGGGACUCACUGAUGGAGACAAGUGGGUCGAGGUGGCCAAGAAGAUUGCCCAAGAUGGAGCCAAGAAAUAAGAAAUGUAGCUACUUCAUUUUUUAGUGUAUGUGCUGUAUUGUGUGGGUGUUGAAAUUCUACCACAAACACCCACACAAUAAUAAUAUAAUGUUAAAUCACCUGAUUAUGAUUAACGAUCUUUACCAACUGA